AAAUAUCAUGAAACUACAGCCAUGGUCACUGGAUUACAUAUGGAGGCCAUCGAUCGCAUUACAUCAAUUCCGUUGGUGGAGACAAGCGUUAAACGCGUUGAGCACAUCUAUGACAAAGUCAAGAACAACAACCGCCUCUUCAGCUGGUACUUUGAGACGGCUGAGGCCACAAUUAGUGCAGCCUACGAGACGGUCCAGCCGGCUGUUAAGUUAUUCGAGAUGCCCAUCAAACGACUGGACAAUGUGAUGUGCAAAAGCCUAGACAUAUUGGAGCAGCGUAUACCGCUUGUCUAUCUGCCACCCGAAAUGAUGUAUUGGAAUACCAAAGAGUACAUGUCGGAUCAUCUGGUGCGACCUGUGCUUAAACGUGCGGAUUCCGUUAAACAAAUCGGCAAUGCGGUGCUCGAAAGUCCUCUAACAACCUAUGCAGCAGAUCGCAUCGAUGGAGCCUUUACAGCAGGCGACAAAUUCGUCGACAAAUACCUAGUUCCCAUCUCCACCGACCAGGAUCAGACAGAUGCGCCUCAAGACGAUGAUAACGAACCAACGGGCGCAGUGUCGAACGAAAGAGGCGCGAUUAAGGCAAUUCAUCACGGUCAACGCUUCUCACGUAAACUCACACGCAGACUUACCCAAAGAACUUUUGCCGAGGCACGAGCCCUUAAAAAACAAAGCAAAGAAGCGAUCCAUGUGCUUAUCUACGCGGCCGAAUUGAUUGCCACCGAUCCGAAGCUGGCUAUGCAAAAGGCAAAGGAACUAUGGGGAUAUCUAAGUGCUGACGAGCCGGAGAAUCAAGCUAGGCCUGUCACAUUGGAGCAGUUGAUCGUGUUGUUGACUCGGGAGUCAGCCAGGCGCGUUGUGCACUUUGUCAAUUAUACCGCGAAUGUUGCCAACAAUUUACCCAAACAUUUGGCACACACCACCCACGAAGUUGUACAUCAGAUAAUAUGCAUUAACAAUCGCAUAAUAACUAUAACGCGCUUGGAUAAGGUCAAGAAUAUAUCAAAGGAGGAGGCCGAAUCUCUAAUUAAACGUAUGAUCGCUUUCUAUAGUAACCUGCAGGUACUAUCAAAUGGCUAUCUGGUAAAUACAUUUGAUAUUAAUUUACUU